AUGGCUUUGACUCUCCCAAUCGCUUCCUCUUCGUCCCCCUCUGCUGGUAACUCUCCUGCUUCAGUAGAUGGUUCUGUUCCCCCUCAAACUCCGAUCACUCCUGCCGCCGGUCGAACUCUCUCACUUCCCUUGGCAUCUUCUACUGAGCAACACAACAACGUCCAAUCACAAAGUUCCGGCACAGCCCCAGCCAAUGGCGCGGUUACACAAGUCAAGCGAAAGCCCAGUCGCCGAGCCAAUACCGCCGAAAGGCGCGCUACUCACAAUGCAGUCGAGAGACAGCGCAGAGAGACUCUCAAUGGCAGAUUUUUGGAUCUUGCUGCGCUGCUUCCCAAUCUUUCACAGAUCCGCAGACCUUCCAAGUCUGCGAUCGUUAACUCUUCGAUCGCUCAUGUUCACGCGUCAAGGCGUCACCGCUUCUUAGCUUCGCGGGAGCUGCGGGCUCUGAAACAAGAAUCUGAUGCCCUCCGCCGGGAACUCAAUGAAUGGCGUGAUCGUGCCGGUCUUCCCUAUGUGGAAGAACCCGUUCGUGGAGAAGGUUUUUCCAUGGUUCUCAACGCCGAAGUCGAAAUUGUCACAGCUGUUAUUGGAGAAGAAGAUGAAGAAGGUCAGGGAUAUGACGGAUAUGAUGAGGGUGACGAUGAAUUCGCUGGUUCGAUACCAAAUACCAUGGACGAAACUGAAGAUAUUAUGCCAUCUGCGCCGAUGGUCAAGAACGGCAUGUAUGCACACGGGAAUGUCCCCACUGACGUCAAUAUCCCGCAUGUGAUGCCACGUGGCCCGCCCAACUCGCAGGGUGGUCCUAUGAUCGCUCAGAUGCACUCUCCUGUUUCCUUCGAAAACCCAGAGGUGCCUUCGAUCUACGAACCUCGGGUAAAUUUUGCCGCACCCCCUUACAUUGGACAACACCAUCCCGUUAUGGAUCAACACAAUAUGAAAGCGUGGUCGAACAUGUACAACGCCUAUCACCCUCAGCACCCCCAACAACACCCAGUGCAGCGUAACUUGAUCACACCUCCCAAUGGCUCGCAUAACAUGGGACCGUCGGCCACGACCGGACAUCACUUUGGGGAUCAAGCGGCUCUUGCCAACCUCAAAAGGCAGCAGAUGCUCGCACUCCAACAGCACCAUAGUGCCAUGGGGUAUGGAGCUGAUGUUGACGACGCAUCUUCCGUCGGAUCUGGUAACAGCAGCCCUGGCUCUGGAUACGGCUCACCAUCCCAUGGGGCUCCUAUGAGCUACGAGAUUGCCAACGCCCUCCCCGAUUAUGGUCUACCCAAAAGGCUGAGCCUGGGCAACCUCCACAUCAACACUGGUAUUGCAGGAUCGUGGAACGGCAGGGUCGAUGAUGGCAUGGGGGGCAUGAUGACGAAGCAAGGUUUGAGCGUCCCGAUAAACGUUGGCAAUGGCGGAGGAUAUGGCAUAAUGAUAUGA